ACCGAAAUGAGCGGCCCGUCUUUCCAAAUUAUUCCUUCGGAUUUGGCUCCUAUGAAGGUGGUGAACUGUUCAUUUACGACCCUAAGGGAAAGCGGGACUGGACUGUGCCUGAGGGCAUGGCUUUGGAUCUUAAGGGUUCAGGCGAUAACAACUCCAACCAGAAGAUCAUGCACAGCUACCAGGCAGGAGACAAGAUCCCAGGAAAAUACCACGAGACUCGGCAUCGUUGGAGUGAGUUUCUAGGGGUCAAGCUUCCGCACGCGACGUGUCCAUGGAAGAACGGAGACCGCUAUCUUUUGGCAGCCUACUGGAAUUAAGGGCAUUGGAAUGCGAAGUACCUCCCUAAAUAGCAAAAUCAUUUGAAGAGAGCAGAAGAAGGCAACAAAAAUAAUCAAGGACAAAUAUGAAAAUCUGGCAGGAGAUGCGCUAGGAUUAUUUACAGUGGAUUUGCAAGCCUAUAUGUAUAUACUGUAACAGUACAGCUUAGUAUCUAUUAGCUCAUCUCCUUUUUUCUCCUGUUUGUAUUUCCAGGCAGGCUCAUCUUCCCAAUUCUUAGUUUUUAUAUUGGAUGUUGAACAAGGUCUGACACUGAGGCGCUUUUCUUAGGAGUGGCACCCCUCUAAUAGAAGGACAAGGACUUCAUCUCCGAUGAGAUCCGCGAGAAAAGUCUGCAGUUUUGGAAGUCGCGCAACUUUCUUCUUCCGCCCGCAAUUUCGUCUGCCAGCUGCUCAUCCUCUUCUUUAGACUUGGAGGGCUUGCGUGUCUGUAAUAGAGAGCAGAGCUCGGCGGGGACGAGAACUCGGAAAGCGGAGCCUGAACAGGAGACCAUGCCGGAGGCGGAGCAAAGUCGACUCCGCGAGAUCGCCAGCGAGGAGAUGGAGCAGCA